GGGCGAGAGCUCCACCGCCCGCCGGGGCAGAGAGCCGCGAGAACCCGCUUCCGGUCUGGGAGUCCAGGUUGAAGCUCAUUGGCUCGCAGAGACGAGUGACAGGCCCCGAGCCAAUGGCCUUCCGCCUAGUACGACUGCUUCCGGUUGGGCAUCACACCCUCUCGUGUGGGUCGUGAGCUGCCGCCGUCCGGGGCUGAGGGGAACGGCGGGGUGCCCGUGUCGCCGCGGUCGCUCCUCGCCAGCCCUGCAGCUCGGAUUCUAACCCGAGCUCCGUGCGGGCCUGCAGGGGGCGGGACCGUCCGGCCCACCUCUGCCUCGGGUCCGCGCCCACCGGAGGUUACCCCACCUCACACCCGAGGCUGCAGCGGCACAGCGCACGCCCCCGGGCCGGCUCGACAGCGCUCGGGCCGGAGAGGCCGCGGCCGGGACUGCGGGUACCGAGGUGGCGGCCGGCAUGGCCGAGGAGCGCCGCGGGUCCUGGUUCGGCUUCGGUUUCUGCGGCUUCGGGCAGGCGCUGGGCUCGGGGCGCGGGCGCCAGGUGCACAGCCCCGAGCCGCUGCGGACACCGGGCGCGGGCGCCGACGUCCGCCGCGUGAGCGCCAGCUGGAGCUACACCGCCGUCGUGACCCGUGGAGGCCAGGUGCAGCUGUCGGGCGCGGCGGGCGGCGCGGCGGGCGGCUGCAGGGACGCGUGGGCCUCGGAGGCGCUCCUCGUGGUGCUGCGCGCCGGCCCGGAGCUGCAGGCCUGGGCGCCGGCUUGCGCGCUGCGCGGGGAGCCCCUGUGGACCCACACGCUGGUGCCGGAGGCCGAGGGGGCAGACGGCGCGGGCGCUGAGGCCCAGGCCGCGGCGCUGCCCCUGCUGCCCGGCGCGCGCGCCUACGUGAGUCCGCGGCCGCCCUUCUACCGGCCUCUGGCCCCGGAGCUGCGGGCGCGCCGCCUGGAGCUGGGCGCCGAGCACGCGUUGCUGCUGGACGAGGCGGGCCAGGUGUUCUCCUGGGGCCAGGGCAGGCACGGACAGCUGGGCCACGGGACUCUGGAGGCCGAGCCGGAGCCGAGACUGCUGGAGGCGCUGCAGGGCCUUCCCAUGGCCGAGGUGGCCGCCGGUGGCUGGCACUCCGUGUGUGUGAGUGAGACUGGGGAUAUUUAUAUCUGGGGCUGGAAUGAGUCCGGGCAGCUGGCCUUGCCCACCAGGAGCCUGGCAGAGGAUGGAAAGACAGUUGCAAGGGAAGCCAGCGGACUGAAUGAAGGUGGCCCCAGCGGGGGUGAGGACGGAGCCCCGGCCCCCUUCAUAGCCCUCCAGCCCUUCCCAGCUUUACUGGAUCUCCCUGGGGGCGCAGAUGCAGUCAAGGCCAGCUGUGGCUCCCGGCACACAGCCGUGGUGACAAGAACUGGCGAGCUGUACACCUGGGGCUGGGGUAAAUAUGGACAGCUUGGCCACAAGGACACGACCAGCUUGGAUCGGCCCCGCCGUGUGGAAUAUUUUGUAGAUAAGCAGCUCCAAGUCAGGGCCGUGAGCUGUGGGCUCUGGAACACGUACGUGUGUGCUGUGGAGAGAGGGGAGAGCUGACAGCCACGGCCAUUCUGACGGUGUGAGGUGAUCUCUCAUUGUGUUACGAUUUGCGUUUCCCUGAUGAUGAGUGAAGUGGAGCAUCUUUUCGUGUGUCUGUUGGUCAUCUGCAUGUCUUCUUUGGAGGUAGGCUGCCUUUUAGUUGGUUGUUUCCUUCACUGUGCGGAAGCUUUUUAUUUUGAUGAAGUCCUGAUAGUUUAUUUUUGCUUUUAUUUCCCUCGUCUCAGGAGACGUAUCUAGAAAAGUGUUGCUGCCGUGUGAGAGAGAUGACUGCCUGUACUCCCUUCUGGGAGUUUUAUGGUUUCAGGGCUCACACUUAGGCCUUUAAUCCAUUUUGAGUUUAUUUUUGUGUGUGGUGAAAGCAAGUGGUCCAGUUUUUUGUUUGGGGGUUUUGGGGUUUUUUUUUGCGUGUGGCUGUCCAGUUUUCCUAACACCAUUUGUUGAUGAGACUGUCUUUUUCCCAUUGGAUAUUCUUUCCUGCUUUGUCAAAGAUUAAUUGACCAUAUAAUUGUAGGUUUGUUUCUGGGUUUUCUAUUCUGUUCCACUGAUCUAUGUGUCUAUUUUUAUGCCAGUACCAUACUGUUGAUUACUACAGCUUCAUAAUAUAACUUGAAGUCUGGAAUUGUGAUACCUCUGGUCUUGUUUUUGCUUCUCAAAAUUGCUUUGGCUGUUCAGGAUCUUUUGUGGUCCCAUGCAAACUUUAGGCUUAUUCUAGUUCUAUGAAAAAUGCUGUUGGUAUUUUGAUAGGGACUGCUCUGUAUGUUAUCUUUAAGACUUAAUUUGUGGCCUAAUAUGUGGUCUGUUGUGGGGAGUGUCCCAUGUGCACCUGAGAAGAAUGUAUGUGCUGCUCUUGGCUGGAGUGUUGUGCAUAUGUCUGUCAGAUCCAGUUAGUUUACUGUGUGAUGCACGUCCUCUGUUUCCUUCUGUCUGGUUGUUCUGUCCGUUAUUGUGAGUGGGAUGUUGAAGUCUCCCAACUGUUACUGCAGAACUGGUUUCUCCCAGGAUCAUAGGGGAAGAGAGGAAAAAAUGAAACAAGACGAAACCAGAAGGGAGACAAACCGUAAGAGACUCUUAAUCUCAGGAAACAAACCGAGGGCUGCUGGAGGGGAGGAGGCUGGGGGAUGGGGUAAUGGGUGAUGGACACUGCGGAGGGUAUGUGUUGUAAUGAGCACUGGGUGUUAUGUAAGACUGAUGAAUCACAGACCUGUACCCCUGAAACAAAUAAUACAUUAUAUGUUAAUAAAAAAACUUGUUUCUCCCUUCAAUUCUGCUAGUUUUUGCUUCACAUAUUUUAAUGGUCAUUAGGUGUGUAAAUGCUGAUAAUUUUUAUAUUUUCUUGCUGUAUGGAGCCUUUUAUUAAUAUGUAAUGUUCUUUUUUGAGUCAUGUACCUUUUUUGAUUGAAAGUCUAUUUUGUCUGAUAUUAGUGUAGCUCCUACUCUCUUUUGAUGUCUGUUUGCUUGGAAUAUCUCUUUACAUCUUUUCACUUUCAGCCUGCGUAUGUCUUGGAUCUUAAGUGAGCCUCUUGUAGGCAGCAUACAGUUGUACAUGUGUUUUUAGCCAUUAUGCCAAUUGCGGUCUUUUUUAUUUUAUUUUUUUAAAGAUUUUUUAAAAAUUUAUUUAUUUGAGAGAGAGCAUGAGAGAGAGAGAGCACAUGAGAGUGGGGAGGGCCAGAGGGAGAAG